AUGCUGGCUGUCCUCUUAGAAAACGUCUUGGUUAGUGACUGCUACACAAACAACUUGUCGGGAUGUCAUGUUGAACAAAGAGUGUUCAAGGAUUUGCUAGCCAAACAAUGCCCAAGGAUAGCUGCUCACUUGGACUCAUUGGAGUUUGAUGUCUCACUCGUGGCUACCGAAUGGUUUUUAUGCCUCUUCUCCAAGAGCUGGGAAAGUGAUCUAUAG